CAGUCGGAACGAGAGCGGGGGCUGGUGAUAGAGCUGAGAUUCUUGGAUUCUGGGUCUUCCCCUCCUCUCAGUCCCGUGGGAGGGGGGAGUGUGAGGAGACAAGAGGGCAAGACCCAAUUCUGAGAGAGAACAGUGAGGGGUGGUGAGGAACGGAGAGACUAGAACUCUUGGGUUCUGGGUCCUCCAUUCCUCCAGCACCGGGGCAUCAUAGGAUCAUAGAUUCAGAGCCGGAAGAGGCACGCGAGAUCAUCUAGUCACCGCGAGCAGGGGAUGGUGUGCCCAGCUUAGCCCCGCCCACUUACCUGGGGCUCAGGUGCACAGACAGGAAGUACCCACCCCCUCCCAGGUGAGUGACUAAACUUUCCGGGUCACGUGAACGGGUGGAGCUGGCCUGAGACGACUGAGGGACAGAAGGAUCAACUGCCAAACUGAGGACCAGAGUUGAAAGCUGGCGCCAGUAGCCCGAGAUGCAGUAGCCACUGGAGGUCCUGCAGUUUGGGAGCAGGAGCCAGGUCAGCUGAGGCACGGGCCUGGUUCUGUUCCCCAGGGGCCCAUGGCGAGCAGCCCUGGCCUGGGCCUGUGCUUGGCACUGAGCCUGCAGUUGUUGAACCCCCGGCUCACCUUGGCCCAUAAGAUUGUCCACACCCGGAAUGAAAGCUACACUACCAUCCCUUCCACAACACCACCACCCAGUGGGGCCCUGUCCCAGGGUGCAGUUACUGCCAUCAUCACUGUGUUCUCAGUCCUGGGUAUCCUCCUCCUGGUAGUGGCACUGGUCCUGCUGGGUCGGAAGCUUCGGGAGAAACGCCAGACAGAGGGCACCUACCGGCCCAGCAGUGAAGAGCAGUUGUCCCAUGCGGCUGUGGCAGCCCCAGGUCCCCAGGACUCGAAGAACAAGGCGUGGGGCUGGGUGUCCUGCUGGGAUUAGGGCGGGUACAAAAGGUUUGGGCCCCCAGGGGCUGAGACUUUGGCGAGUGCCGAAACCGAUCACCCCUUUCCCCUCCCCUGGUCAUUUGACUAACAUUCCACCCUCCCGGAGGCCACUUAACUCUCUCAGGUCUAAUCUUCCCCUCCCAGUGAAUAAUAAUAGGUAUUUGAACUGAAAAGGAGGUGCUUGGAAAAGGCUUCCGCUCCUACUGGAAAU